AUGGGAUCCCUAUCACUAAGUCAAUCGCUGUUCUUCCUGCUUGUCUUUUUCCUGGGCAGUAAUCUCUGCAACGCCAGUCUCCCUGAAUUCUCCAUCGCAGAGGACGUCACUCUGGAACAGGCGGAUCAAAAGUUGCAAGAAUCAUUCAUGGACGCCUUAAUACUGGCUAGAGUAACAGCAACAACAUUCAGCGCUUGUGAUGCAAGUUUCCUUCGAUAUUUCAGAGCUCUAGAGGCAACAUUUGUCCAAGAUGUGUUCGAAACAAUUGCCAACUUCCCUCUGGAUCAUCAGAUAGACGAAGAGACGGUCAUUGAGAUCCUUUCCAGCGCCAGUGUGGCCUCGGAGUUGCAGCCAAAAUUCGCAAAGCUGGAAAUCGCCAUUGGAAAUCAUCCCGCACUGCCCGAGGAAAAGAAUCUUUGCGGAACACAGUCGGAGGGAGGAACAGUCUUUGCUUUCACAUACCUCGAUCCAAGUGCACUUGGUGAUGUAGCAUUGAUCUCCUUGUGCGAGGAGACAUUCCAGUACCCUUCGCUACAAGAGAUAGAGAAUCCACCUGACCAUGUACGCGACGCGGAAGGACGCCCCUUACCAGGAUACACCUGCGAUGGUCUCGGUGAUCAUGAUACCGACUGGAUGUCGAGCCCUGGUGGCGUACUUCUGCACGAGCUGCUGCAUUGGAUCUAUCUCCUGGAAGAUAUCCCCAACUACCAUGACCUGAUAGAGAUGAAUGAAAUGGGAGAUCACCAAAUCGGGGAUUUUGACGGGCCAAACCCUUCCGACGGAUCGUGA